CAGCCGCUCGGACGCGCGGCUCGGAAAUAAAGUGCUCAUGUCCCUUUUUGGUAUCUCACUUCCACGUUAUGACUCGGCCCAGCAGGAGAGAGUUAUUCGUGCGUGAAUUGGUCCCGCGGACAGGGAAAUGAUGCGGGUGAUCCGUGUCAGCAGCUCGUGGACCUGUUGAUCGCCCGCUGGCGCAGCAAUGGAGAGCCGGCGACAUGUGAUUAAUACUUUCUAAAGGAAAAUUGGACUCAAGCGUUCUGUCGGCCAGAGAUGGAGAUCAUGGAUACUCAGUGUGCCUUGGAGGCCGUGGAGAGGCUGCAAGCCAAACUGAAGGAGAGAGGGGAAGCCCCCACUCAGGAGAAGCUAUCCCUGCUGAAGACCGUCCUGCAGAGCCCCCUGUUCCUUCAUAUACUCAGCCUGCAGCAAGCUCAGCGCAAGCCCGCUGCCAAGGGGAAGGGCAUCAUUAAGUCUGUCUCCAUGAACUGCGGCCCAUGCCCGGGUUUACCUCUGGACAUGAAGACCCUCAGCCACAGCGACUCGUACACGUGGGCCGUGGAGAACCGAGGGCCCGGCACCGCCAGAGCCUUCCACAAGGACGGCAGCUUUUCUUCUCUAGGCUCCCAGGAGCUGUCUUUCUCAGACAUCUUCCCAGCCAACGCCACGUACACCGAAUCUCAGUACUGCACUCCUCCUCGAAUCUCCCGCACCAUGUCCAUGGGGAGAAACCUUUCUGCUCUUGCUCAAGAGAGGCGCCACAUUGAGAUAAUAGAGCUGAUCAAUGAUGGGAAAGGACUUGGUUUUGGCAUCAUCGGGGGACGGAGCGCCGGGAUCAUGGUCAAGACGAUCCUCCCUGGAGGAUCAGCUGGGAGGGACAAUCGUCUACAUAGUGGAGAUCAGAUCCUGCGCAUUGGAGAUACAGAUUUAGCAGGAAUGAACAGCGAGCAGGCAGCACAGGUGCUGCGAAAUGCUGGUAGCAAGGUGAAACUGCUCAUCGCCAGGGACGUUGCCAAGGACAACCACGUCUCCUCUCCUGUCCUCUAUCAGGAAAGCUUCGAUGGCGAGCCCAGCGACUUGAAUGAUGACCACGAGUUUGGUGUUCAGUUUACUAAAAACAGCCGGGGCUUGGGCUUUACCAUAUCCAGCUAUGUAGGAGACCUAAACUCAGUGUACAGUGUUGGCGUGAUGGUGAAGAGCAUAGUGAAAGGCAGCUCUGUUGAUCAAGAUGGAAGAAUGCACAUUGGAGAUAUCAUUCUGUCUGUGGAUGGGUUGAGCCUCCAGGGCUGCAGCGAGCAGCGGGCCAUGGAGGUGCUCCGGAGGACGGGUCCGCUGGUCAGGCUGAAGCUGUUGAGAAAAGCCGCCCGCCUGAGCCACGUCCUGCCCCCGGUUCGCCCCCUGAAGCCCCUCCGACACUCCCACAGCUUCCAUGAAAGCAGCCUCAGCAGAACAGGCCUCCGAAAAAUUCAAGAGACAGACGCGUUCCUCUGUCUCCAAGGAGUCUGUUCGCUGCGUGAAAUCUCCCGGCGCGCGGCGUAUGCCAGCAGACGACCCCAGCGCGACUUCAGAGAGGUGGUGGAUCUGACUCCAGACGAAGAGGAAACUCUAAGGAGAAGGUGGCAGCAUGCUGUGGGAGCCCGAUACGAAGUGAUUGUUUGUCAGCUGAAGCGAUUCAGUGAGACGAGUGGUCUGGGCAUCAGCUUGGAGGCAAGGGCAGGGCAUCACUAUCUGUGCUCCAUCUUACCUGAGGGGCCCGUUGGCCAAAGUCACAAGAUCUUCACUGGAGACCAGAUAUUGGAGGUAAAUGGGAGGCCUCUCAUUGGAGAGACACACAGAGAGGUGGUCAGUAUUCUGAAGGAGUUGCCAGUGUUUGUGUGUCUUGUAUGCUCUCGCAUCGUGCCCCCUUCAGUCCCUGACAGUGAUGAGGAAAAUGAUGCUGAUGUCCACCUCAGCCUGAAGGAGCUGCUGGCUGAGUUCAAUGACAAGCUGGAUCAGGGCUGUGUCAUUCCAUGUCCUACAGCCGAGGACAUUACCAAGCGUGGUGUGCCCCCCAUGUCCCCUCCCCUUGCUAUGUGGGAAAAACAAGCUCAAGUAGUUGAGCUCGAGAAAGGAGAUUUGGGACUGGGCUUCAGCAUCCUGGACUACCAGGAUCCAGAGGAUGCUUCUAAAACAGUUCUGAUAAUCCGCUCCUUGGUGCCUGGAGGUGUAGCAGACCGAGACGGUCGUCUCUUACCUGGUGACCGACUGGUGUUCGUGAAUGAAACUGACCUAGAAGGCUCCAGUCUGGAUUAUGCUGUGCAUGUCCUGAAGUCCACCGGCUAUGGCCCAGUGCACAUCGGUGUCGCUAAACCCCUGCCGUUGGAACUGUGUGGCGGCUUGACGCCCAUCUCGGAGAGGAGUGCCCGGGCUUCAUGUGACGACACGGACAGCCACACUCAGGUCACCCUGCUAGCCGAGGCAGCUGAUGCCAGCACCACCGCGGUGUGGAACUCCGACGACAACAUCUUCAACCAGCCGGGUCACACGGAAAACCAGCAGCACCAUCACUUUGGCGACAUGGAAGAUGACAACGGGCAGCAAGCGCCACCUCUGCCUCCUCGCACAAGCUUUGAGAGGACAAUCACUGUUGUCCGGGGCAACCGUAGCCUUGGGAUGUCGGUCAGUGCUAUCAACGAUGGCUCAGGCAUACUGGUACGCACUGUGGUCCAGGGAGGCUCUGUUUGCCAGGAUGGCAGGCUGGGGGUGGGGGACAUCAUCCUAGCCAUCAACGGUGAACCUACCUCCAACAUGACCAGCGUCCAAGCCAGGGCCGUACUCCGCCGACACUCUGUCUUAGGACCAGAAAUGAGGAUAACUUACGUCCCGGCCCAUCAGGUGGACGAACACCGGGCUCGUCUGUGCUUGCCGCCUCUGGCAUCCAUCUCUACUGACAGCGCCUCCUCCUCACCGACUCUACCAGCUUCUUCUCCUGAGCCGGCGUCGGCCUCAGCCGGACCCCCCGGCCCCCCGGCUGCAUCCAAACUCAGGCUGUCAGCCUCAGUCAGAUUUAAAGCCGCAGCUCCGGGUCCGGCCACGGUCAGGGCCUCCGCUUCGUUUAAAGCUCCAGUCAGAAGCUCGGCCGCCGUUCCUACCAUCACCCCGACUUCAGACUCAAGUUGGCAAAAUCCAAAAGUUCUACCUCAUAAGAGUGAGAAAAAAGAAAAUGGCAGAGACACCGCAUGGGAUUCCAGAGACAAUGUGAAUUCAGAUGUGACAACGCCAAAGUUGGAUGGGGAAGAAGAGGGAGAUGAAGAGCGUCGAUCUCACACAGCAAUGUCUUGGGAUCAGCCUAAAAGUGUGCGGCUGACCCGAGAACCAGGCCAGUCCCUGGGUAUCAGCAUUAUGGGAGGCAGAGGCAUGGGCCGCCGAGUGAGCAGCGGAGAGAUGAUGAGGGGUGUCUUCAUCAAGCACAUCAGCCCCGACAGCCCGGCCACACAUAAUGGCAGCCUCCGGACUGGAGACAGGAUACUCGAGGUGGGCGGUGUGGACCUAAGAGACGCCACCCACGAGGAGGCAGUAGAGGCCAUCCGCAGCGCGGGAGACUCUGUGGUCCUCUUGGUUCACCCUGGACAGUACAGACCUCAGACCCAUACUGUCAUCCAGCAUGAAAGACAAAAUCCAACACCGAUGUUCAACUCGCACAACAGCAAGGCACCAUCGCCAACUUCCGAUAGAAUGGAUCGGAGAAGCCCCAUUAAUGUCACAAGACCAGUAAAGACGGCGGCUGGAGAUGGGGAUGACACCAGCCGGAAAAAGAUGCUUCAGCGCUAUGGCAGUCUGACAGGGAAGCUCCACAUGAUAGAGCUGGAGAAGGACCCUGCAGCUACCGGUCUGGGCAUCAGCCUGGCGGCCAACGACGACGGCUCCAGGGCCCGGAUGAGCGUCAACGUGGCAGCAAUCGACCCUCAAGGGCCUGUGGGGUUGGAUGGGCGGAUACAGGUUGGGGAUGAACUUUUAGAGAUUAAUGGCCAGAUAUUGUAUGGCCGAAGUCACCAAAAUGCCACCACCAUCAUCAACAACGCUCCAUCAAAAGUCAAGAUCGUUCUCAUCCGAAAUAAAGGUGGUAAAUCGGUCAAGGAAAUCAGAGGAAGUUACGAGGACACAGUUGACUCCAGGCCAGAAACUGUGGAGUCUGGAGGAUUGUCCAGAGAUGUCAAGCACGUCGUCCUUCCUCAGGAUCAUUUAGGUCUGGGUCUUUGCCUUGAAGAAGAUGGUUCCAGAACAGGAGUUUUGGUCAGAUCCCUGAUUAAGCAUGGCAUUGCCAGUAAGGAUGGCAGGAUAAAGGUUGGAGACAGAAUCGUGGCAGUUGGGGAAGAACCUGUGGCUGGACUGUCGGUGGAAAAGGUCUCCGGUUUGAUUCUCAAGCACCGGGUCACUGUCAAACUCUCCAUCACCCCUUCUCAGCGUCCUUCUUUCUCGUCCUCUCUACCUCCCCCUGCAUUACUCUCCCCUCUGCCGGCUGCUUCCUCAAACGUUGUUCAGGCCUCCACUGCCACCUCUUCAUCUCUCAGUACCGCCCAGACAUCUCCAGUGGAGGCCUCCGUUUCACUCGGCACCUGUCCCACAACUCCUGACCCCUUGAGCUGCUCCGUUGUGGCUGGAAGGGAAACUACCGUCGAGAUUUGUAAAGGAAAUUUAGGCCUAGGCCUCAGCAUUGUAGGAGGAUGCGACACUCUACUGGGGGCAGUGAUAGUCCAUGAAGUGAAUGAUGGUGGAGCGGCACAGAGAGAUGGUCGACUGCAAGCUGGAGACCAAAUAUUAGAGGUUAAUGGCAUCGACCUGCGGCAGGCCACACAUGACGAGGCCAUCGCCGUGCUGCGGCUCACCACCCAGCGUGUUCGGCUCUGCGUCUUCAGGCACCAGGAGGCCUACAGGGAGGAGGACCUGUGGGACGUGUUCAGUCUGGAGCUCAGGCCUCGUCCUGCAGGAGGACUGGGCUUUACCACUGUGGGGAAGAGCAAUGACACAGGAAUCUUUGUGUCAGACAUCAUCAGAGGAGGAGCAGCAGAUUCAGACGGCAGGCUGUUGCUCGGGGACCAGAUUCUUUCAAUCAACGGGGAGGACGUCCGUGCAGCAUCGCAAGAUCGUGCACAAAAGCUUCUACAGUGUUGCAGCGGUGCAGUUCACCUGGAGGUGGCCCGCUUUAAAGCCGGGCUGCAGUAUUCACAGCAGAGUCAGGAAUUCUUUAAGUUAUGUUUUAUCCAGAGCGAAGACUCCGAUUGUUCCACUCUGACGCCCACAAGUGGAUGCGAUGUGUCCUUCGGCCACCAGAGGGAGACACAAAACAGAGCAGGAAGUUACACUAUUCAAAACUCUAAGAUCCGAAAAGUAAUAAUACAAAAGGGUCCAUGUGGAUCUCUGGGCCUCAGUGUAGCCGGAGGAAUGGGCAGUCCCCAUGGCAACGUACCUCUUUUUAUUGCUGCCAUGGAUACCAAUGGACUGGCUGCCAAAACACAGAAAAUACAGACAGGAGACAGGAUCCUCAGCAUCAAUGAUGUGUCUACAGAGGGAAUGACUCAUGACCACGCCGGAGCCCUGCUGAAGAGCGCCACCGGAAACAUCAGUCUGGAGGUGACAGCGAGUUUUGAUGGAUGCAGCACCGAGGUUCACAGCAGCCUGCCUGACACAUCAUCGGGCCGACCCGGCAGUCUGACCUGCUUUCACAACAACCUGGGUACUCGCGUGUAUAAGACCAUCACCCUGGAGAGAGGCUCGCUAGGCCUGGGAUUCAGCAUCGUAGGAGGGUUCGGCAGCCCUCACGGAGACCUGCCGAUAUACGUCAAAACUAUCUUCGACAAGGGGGCAGCCAUAGAGGACGGCAGGCUGAAACGGGGCGAUCAGAUCAUCGCCGUGAAUGGACGCUGCCUGGACGGUGUCACGCACCCUGAAGCUGUGGAUAUCCUGAAAAAGACCAGAGGAAGUGUCGUCCUCACCGUGCUCUCCUGAGACACAGCAAACUACGUCCUCAUUUGAAUAUUUCUCACCAACGCAGCUCUCUGAUGAUGUAGAACAGCUUCACACAAGUAUGAGGAGUCAAACAUCGACAAGAAAGAGUAGUUUCUGUAAAUGUAAAUGUAUUCAUAUUUGGUUUAGGGAAACUACCUCCAACUGGAAACACAGCUCUGUUGUAUAAUUCCUGACACUGCACUCAUGAAAAGACAAAAACAGACAAAAAAAAUGUGAAUCCUGACAACAGAUACUGGAAGCAAAACAUCCGAAGCAGGUAAUGUUUUAUUUCCAUUAUAGUCCUACAUGAAUGUGCAUCGUAACCCAUAUGUGCAGACCUCAGGCUGCUCAUCCUGAUGGGGAGGAGCAAGUCUACUCCAAGUUCCUCCUGGAUGACUGAACUUUGUGACCAUAGGUGAAGAAAAGAACGUAGAUGGACUGGUAGAGAGUUUGGCCUUUUGGCACAUCUCUCCUUUCACCUGAACAGAGCAGAUGUUGCACCAAUCAUGUCCAUCUCCCAUUCCAUUGCGGCUCGGUGACACCAACAGGACCACAUCAUCUGCAAAAAGCUGAGCUGGAAUUCUGAAGGGCACCAAACCAGAGUUCCUCCUUCCCUUGGCUUCACCAAGAAAUUCUGUUCAUAAAAGUUAUGAACAGAAUUUGAGACAAAGGGCAGGUCUAACUGAGUCCAAAUCCCACCUGCAACAAAUUCACUAACUCAGCGAGUUAAACCCGUUCUAUAUGUGUAUAGGUAUUGAAUGGCCCAUAGCAAAGUAUAGUAUCCCAUACAUCCAAAGUACGACCCACUGAACACUCCAGGGGACAUGGUCAAAUGCUUUUUCCAAAUCCACAUUGUUACUCCUGAUUUAUCCCCGAGACUAUUCUUCACCACCUCUGGAUAAACCUCAUCAGGGAGGCUGAGGAGUGUAAUUGAAACACGUAUUUAUAUCCACAUAACCAUGAUGAUCAGACCUCAUGAAUAUAAACAAAUAAAUGGAUGCAAUAGAAGAACCUGUGAAAAAAACAAUUACUCAUUUACAGUAUUAACACCGUCUCAUAACUUCUUAUUCAGAUUUAAUUUACUGCGAGGAACUCCUGACAUACAAAACAUGCCAAGUUCUCCUGCCAAUCUUUUGUAUGGCAAUAAGGCUUUAGGAUAUUUCCUUUGAAAUACUCCUUUACUUUUCUUUAUGUUGUAAUUAUAUAUAAAAAAAUAAAGUGUAACUGUUUCCUAAAUAAAACAUUUCUUACAUUAUUUGCAGAUAACCAUCAUGUAGAACCACUUUGUGUUAAGCUGAUAGCUUUUGCUUUAAUAGUCUUAAAUUUCUUUUCUUUGGACAUUCAAGACAUGUUAUUGUGUCAUGUACAAUGUUUAUUUAAAACAUUCUUUUACUUGUUUUAUAUUUAUUUAUUUUUUUUCAUGUUUUUUUUUCUUCAUUUUAUUUUAUCUAAAGUAGUUGUCCUCACCGUGCUUGCACUUGUUCGUUUGGCAUUGUGUUGCAUUUUCUCAUGAAUCGACCCUAUUAAAUGUUCCU